AUGGACGCGCUACGAGCGUAUGGCGAAAGUGACAGUGAACAAUCAGAGGACGAUGUUAUCAUGCAAGAGAUUUCCAAAGGAAAAUCAGUAACACUUGGAACGGAUAGAGCAAUUGUAAUGGCUCCAGAUGUUCAGUCAAAAAGUGUAAUCAAAGAAGUAGCAAUUGUGGAUCCGAAGACAAAAGAGAUCAAAUCGAAUCCGAAAUUCGAACAGCUGUUCAAAUCCGAGUCUGGACCAGUAAAUCCCUUCAAAUCAGAGCAACAACGUUCUCAAAAAAAUACUUUAACUGGAUUCGUCGAGCCCGCUCAUUUGAAUGAAUUCCAUUUCAAUCGUCAAAUCCGGAGUUUUGAUACUCUUGGAUACGCCCAGAAUCCAACUGCAGAAACUGGAACUUCACAGUUUGUUGGUGAUGUCAAAAAAGCAGAAACCGAGAAAGGAGUAUCACUGUUUGAAUCAAAGAAGACUGGUGGUGAAAAGAGAAAACGAGUGAGAAAUGAUGAUUCAGCUGACGUCGACGGGUACACAGGACCAUGGAGUCGAUUUGCAGAUGAGAAGACUGUGGCAAAGCCAUCUCCAGAACUUCAGAAACAAAUGGAUGAAAUUGUUAAGAAGCGACAAGAAAAAAGUAGAAGAUUCAAGAAAGAAAAAGAAGACAGUGAACAAAUGGCUGAAGAAAGCUCAACUCUUCAUCUCAAAGAAGCUGAAGACUACCAAGGUCGCUCAUUCCUGGUUCCACCUAGUUUCACAGGAGUCAAUCUUCGAGAAGACUACGUUCCGGAACGAUGCUUUGUUCCUAAAAAACUCAUUCAUACCUAUCGUGGCCACAACAAAGGUGUCAAUUUCCUUCAAUGGUUCCCAAAAAGUGCUCAUCUAUUCCUUUCCUGUUCAAUGGAUACAAAAAUCAAGUUGUGGGAGGUUUAUGAUCGUCAACGAACGGUGCGAACUUAUUCUGGACAUAAACUUCCAGUCAGAGAAGUUGCAUUCAAUAACGAGGGAACUGAAUUCUUAUCAGCUUCAUUCGAUCGAUAUGUGAAGUUGUGGGAUACUGAAACAGGACAAGUUAAACAAAGAUUCCAUACUGGACAUGUCCCGUAUUGUUUGAAAUAUCAUCCAGAUGAAGACAAGAAUCAUAUGUUCUUGGUUGGAAUGCAAAACAAGAAAAUCAUUCAAUGGGACUCCCGAUCUGGAGAAAUUGUUCAAGAAUACGAUCGGCAUCUUCAGGCUGUAAACUCGAUUACAUUCUUUGAUAAAAAUCGACGAUUCGCAUCGACUUCUGAUGACAAAUCUGUCAGGAUUUGGGAAUGGGAGAUUCCAGUAGAUACGAAACUCAUUCAAAAUGUUGGUCUACAUGCUAUUCCAACGAUGACCAAGAGUCCAAAUGACAAAUGGGUGGUCGGACAAUGUAUGGAUAACCGUAUAGUUCUUUUCCAACUAGUCGACGACAAGCUUCGAUUCUCGAAAAAGAAGGCUUUUCGCGGACACAACGCAGCCGGAUAUGCAUGCAACAUUGAUUUCUCUCCUGAUCAAAGUUUCCUUAUUUCUGGUGAUGCUGAUGGAAAAUUAUUCAUCUGGGAUUGGAGAACACAUAAAAUUGUUGGAAAAUGGAAGGCACAUGACAGCACGUGUAUUGCUGCACUGUGGCAUCCGCAUGAGAAGAGUCGAAUGAUUACUGCUGGAUGGGAUGGACUCAUCAAAAUGUGGAAUUGA